GUGAUAUGGAUGAGCAUAAUAAGGCCGACCUCCUUCAUUCACCAGAGAUUUUACCAAGUGAGAGGAGAUUGAGAGGUUUUAGCCAAAGGCUGUUGGAUAUUUCAACAUGAAGGUUACAGACAGUAAUGUGAUCCGGUUUCACCUCCAGGUUACAUAUGGGAUUUAUGUAAAGGGCUUAGGGAAAAAAAAGGAGAGAUUGCAAAUCACUGGUACAAAGGUCUUUGGUGUUCCUCUGGAGAAUUUACAUCGCCAAUACAUUCCUGAGUUUGGCCUGGUGCCCUGCUUUUUGGUGAAUGCUUGUACAUUUCUAUUGGAGCGUGCUGGGACUGUUGGCCUAUUCAGAAAACCAGGCUCCCUUCCUCGCAUUAAGGCCCUUAGGGCCAAGCUGAAUAGAGGAGAGGGUUGUCUGACCGCACCCUUCCCCUCCGACGUCUCGACGCUCAUCAAACAGUUUUGCAGGGAGCUGCCGGAGCCCCUGUUCCCCUCGGAGCUCCACGCAGCUCUGCUCAAAGCCCAGGCGCUGCCCAGCCCACAGGACCGGACCUCAGCCCUCCAGCUGCUGUCAUGUUUGCUGCCUGCUAGAAACGCCUCCUGUCUGCAUUACCUGUUGGACUUCCUCUUCAAGGUCUCCCAGAGAUGCUCUGAAAACUUAAUGACCAGUUCCAAUAUAGCCACAGUGUUCGCGCCGUGUCUUUUACCGCCCCCCAACAAGGCAGAGAUGUCUGAAAUGCGUCUUGAACUCAGAGUUCUCGUCUUGCGUACCUUUAUUGAAAGCCCUCAUUUAUUUGGUGUCAUUCCUAAAACGGUUAUGGACAGCAUGGAUUUUCUGAUUAACUUCCAUCCUCUGAAAGAUGCAAAAAGAUGCCACAGAAAAAGACACGGUUUGAAAGUGGCGUGGUCUGCGAAGACGAUGCCCUGGGUUCAAAGGACAAAGGACAGGCCUCCAGCCUCUGAGGGGAGUCCAGAGUCCACCUCAGCAGACAGAGUACCGCUCAGGAGAAGCCUCGGCCUGGAGACUUUCCCCAACGUCCUGCUGUUCAGAACCUGCGUGCCGUGUGCAGAAGAAGGUUUCCGUCCUGCAGCAGCCUUGUUGGAGAGUCACAACCCGGUUGGCGAAGAGGCAUGCGAGACCCCACAAAGACCAGCAAGAGAUCUCUGUUUGGGUAAUUUCCUGAGGUUCACCAGUGGACAGAAUGCAGGCGGUUCUCCUCUGUUCACUGGUGUUGGAAAACGUCAGCUCACACCUUGGAGGAGACGCAUUUCACUAUAAUUAUUUUUAAUAAGAAAUUGACAUUACUGCAGCUUUUUAGCUUCUUGCAUCUGCUGGAUCCGUUUCUAUUUAUUUGGUGUCUCUGAACUGUUCAGUGUGUUUUAAUUUAUUUUAACAUUUUAUUAAAUGUAUGCUUUUGUUUUUUUUACUGUUGCACAGAUGCCCUUUGGCUACAAUUUCAUAUCAAGGGAAUAAACGUUUUUUACAACUUU